UUAGUCUGUUCAAGAGGAGAUCAGGUGGACCUAUUCUAGUAACAUUUUCUAGCAUCCAGAAGAGGUGAGAAGAGAGGAUACCUCAACAGAGGAUACCUCAACUCGUAAUGGAAGACAGAAGCAGAAGCAAUAUGGUGGGUUAUCGCCGCAUGGGGAAGAUGGAGCAGAACUUGGGAAAUGUAACUGCAACAAAUGACAUGUGGAAGAGCCAUAGGGGGACAGUAAUCCGGAUCGAGGCAUUGGCAUUGUUAGCCAUUGCCCUUUCCUUCUUCCUUAUUGCCUUAUGCUCCUUUCGUCGUAGGUCCAAUCACUGGUUUGUCCAAAAGGGUGUCUUGGCUACAAAUGUGCUAUCUCUGUCCCUGAGUACAUAUAGCAUAGGUCUAAUGCAAUCUUCAUCAGUGAAGAGUGAGGUGUACCCCAUCUGGGCUGUGUCCAUGUUGACCCUCUUUGGUUGCAUUGACUCAAUCACAACCUAUGGUCAUGACUACAUGGGCCAGCUCUGGAAGAUUCUAUAUCAGCUUUGCCUCUACUCUGGGUAUGUGCUGCUGAUUAGUAUCUCGGCCAUAUCCAGUGAUGUUGGUUACAUAGCCAUGGGCAUCCUGUCUGCUAUCACUUUCAUUAAGGGUUUUCAUAGGUCAUUGGCGCUUAUGCUGCCAAGCCUGCAACGAGAUAUGAUCAAAAUGAUUGCAGAGGUUAUGGCAGGGGAGGUUAUAAGUUAUUCAACAAAAACUGAUUAUUUGGAUCAACUAAACUGUCCAGACCUUAUUGGGUACCACUACGUGGUCCAUUGGCCCCUUGACAAGAGCAAGGCAAAAUUCCUUCCACAAUCAUCACCUGACGACAUCAUCACCAUAGACAAGAUACUGCAAUGCAAUGAAGUCCAUUUCUUGAGUGAUGUGUGCCUGUCCUUCUCCCUAUCUCAUUUGUUGCAACGGCGUUUCUAUAGGUUCCGUUGUGCGGAAUCAAAGCAUUUAGUGGCCCGCAAGUUUUUGUUCGAAGGUCUUCUGAUGAGCAGGGAUGCCGCUAUUGAUUAUAAGAGGGUGUUCAAUGUGAUUGAGGUUGAGUUGUCUUUUCUCUAUGAUAUCUUUUUCACCAGUAAUGCAUUCCUCCAUUAUUAUGAAUCAAAAAGUACAACCAUUUGGGGAUUAGCUUCAGUCAUGGGGAUAUGUUUUGUUGGAGUAGCGGCUGCUAUACAUGGAAGGAUGAGUACCCAUACACGUAGUCCUGAUGGCACCAUCAUUGUGGACACCACUGCAGUAGACCUUAUUAUUACUCUAGUAAUUUUGUUAUCCCUAGCUUUGCUGCAAUUUUUGCAUUUGUUACACUGUUGGUCAUCGAAUUGGGCCAGAGUUGCAUUUGCUUGUGACUACAUAAAAAAGGGUAAGCGGCUAAGCCGUUGGAUGAGGUUAAGGCGCUGGAUAUUAAAAAGGAUUGACUGUGACAACAGUUACCUUUGGCAAAAUAAGCUUGGGCAAUACUCAUUGAUUGAAUCAAUCAGCACGAGAGAGUGCAAGUUAUUCAGCACGCUUGGGGGCUUUCUUUACCAAAUAUAUUCCCGGCUUCUAGGGAUUCUUGGGCUGCAAUACAUUGAACAAGUGUUCCGGGAAAUGUGGGGCAUCAAAAUAGGAGAUUCUGUUGAGUUGCACGAUGAUGUGAAGGCAGCCAUUGUUGAUUUUCUUAUAAGCAGCAACUGUAAACUACAGAAUUGGCCAUCCUCAUUGAAUGAUGACGGAUGGUCUGGGACUAGUUUUCUUUUUCUUCCUGACCAUGUUGUCACUAUUAUGAGGUUUCAUAUCGCGACAUGUUAUUGUGAACUAGUAAUGCACAAGGAGGGAUUCUCUGUUCAAGAUGAGGAUGUUGAGGAGAUCGUAAAGAAGAAUCAUGGUGUGGCCACCACUCUAUCAAAAUAUUGCGCAUACUUGAUGGUUUCCGCGCCACGGCUACUCCAUAGACACGAAAUAGGAACUAAGUCUGUGUACAGCCAAGUUGCACAGGCGGCAAGGAUAUCACUAUACGGAGCGAAAGACAAAUUGGAUGCAAUGAGAAGGCUAGGGAAAGAUGAUGAACCAAGUGAGGGAGCCCGCAUAUUCCAAGAGGGUGUGGCAUUUGGGAAGCAACUAGAAACAAUGCCUAAGCGUUGGGAGGUGCUAGCAAAUUUUUGGAUAAAGGCAUUGGUCUAUGCUGCACCAUCCGACAAUGUGGAAGAGCACAUAGAGCACCUCGCUAAGGGUGGCGAGUUCAUCACCCACCUAUGGGCUCUGUUGUCUCAUGCCGGCAUCCUAAAGUGGAGAGGUUUUUUUUUUUUUUGAGAAAUUAUCAUAUCUGGUUAUUGUGCAUGCCCUUUAAUUAUCUUCACCAUAGCAUACAAUAAGUCUAUUUAAUGUUGCUACACUUGUGAGAUGGACUCCAAUUUAUUAGUGCAACCUACACCUUCUAUAUCUCAUUGUUGUAUGGGUUAAUUAGAUGGCAUGGAUCUAAUUAACCCUUGUUGCAAACUUGCAAUGCCAAUUAGUAUAUUGCCUUGCAGGUUUUGGCAUGCAUCCAC